AUGUUGGACUAUUACAAUACCACAACUUUAAAAGCGAGCACCACUAAUGCGGACAUAAUUUCUAAGUUUGACUUGCCAGCACAGUAUACGAGCAGUGGCAGCUCUUCGGAUACGGCUGCGUCCGUGAUCUCCGCAACAGCAGCACUGACAUCAGCGUUUGUGGAACCCUACUUGGAUGGUUAUGCAACAACAAAUGUUACCACACAAAUUGGCACGCACGCAUAUUUGCCUUGUCGGGUGAAGCAGCUCGGAAAUAAAUCAGUUUCCUGGAUACGUGUACGAGACGGUCACAUACUCACUGUUGACAGAGCUGUGUUCAUAGCUGACCAACGCUUUUUGGCUUUGAAGCAACCCGAUAAAUUCUGGACGCUGCAAAUAAAAUACGUGCAGGCACGAGAUGCAGGCGCAUAUGAAUGUCAAGUGUCAACAGAGCCAAAAGUUAGUGCACGAGUGCAUCUGCAAGUAGUUGUUCCACGUACUGAAAUACUUGGAGACCCUGAUCGAUAUGUUAAAGCUGGCAGUAAUGUUAUACUACGUUGUAUUGUACGUGGUGCUUUGGAGCCACCAACAUUUAUCAUGUGGUAUCAUGGAUCCGAGCAAUUAGCGGCAGAUUCGCGUAGACAUCGAACACAGAUUGAUCGGAAUUUGCCUGAAGAGGAAGGCGAUGCUCAUAGCACGAUCGGCUCAUUAAUCAUUGAAUCAGCGAAAAAACGUGAUACUGGGAAUUACACAUGUAGCCCGUCAAAUAGCCCCAGUGUGACUGUGACGCUGAACAUUAUAAAUGGUGAAUCAUCUGCCUCCGCUGUCACUUCAUCCGCUCCAGUAACAAAGGCGUAUACAGCUUGCAUUCUAGUUUUACUAUGCAGUGUUAUGAUAAUCGGGGGACAUCGGACAUGACAAGCUAAGAUGUUAGUC